AUGGAAAGAAAAAAAUUGAAAAGAUUCUUUUUCACCACAGCCUAUCAUGAUGAAAAUUUGAAAGUAUGGACGACACGAGGGAAAUUACUUAAACGAUGGCGUGCUAUCGUAGACAAAGCUAUGUACGAAUCAUUCCAUGCUUCCGUAUUCCAUGAAGACGCCAUCUUUCUGGAUCUGAUCGAUAAUAUGCCGACGGAUACGUGGCAAUCGAUAGCUGGUACACUGAUUUGUAUGGCUGCGGUAUGCUUUUUGUUUCUUCGGAAUAUGCUUACGGUGAUUAUUGCAACUGCCUCUGUCCUCUCUGUGUCUAUUGGUAUCUUAGGCAUACUGUCUUGGUGGAAUGUUGAAUUAGAUCCAAUUUCAAUGGCUGCGAUGAUAAUAUCCACUGGCUUUAGUGUUGAUAUUCCAGCACAUGUUGCUUAUCAUUACUGCAAAGCCAACGAGCAAUCGACACCCCAAGCUAAACUUGGCAACUGUCUUACCUCGGUAGGAUUUCCAGCUGUGCAGGCAGCAUUAUCUACUAUACUGUGUGUUUACAGCUUAUGGUUUGCUGGAAUUUAUAUGUCGCAGGUCUUUGUGAAAACAAUGGUUACUUCUGUUAUAUUAUGCAAUUUGCACGGUCUUGUGGUUCUGCCAGCUAUAUUGUCAAUAGUUCAUCGGGUUAGAGGUCGAUUUGACCAGAAUAAAACCUAUAGUACGCCAGCUGAGCGUGCUGUGAAUAAGCGAUUGAAACAAAUCAGGAAGCGAAUGGCUAAGACAGCAGAAAUGCAAGGAAUCAAUGGACACCAACCAGACUUAAAAAUGGAUCGACCGCCAAUUCCUGAAUUCAGUAUCAUACCUUAG